ACACGUGUGGCUUCUAUAAAAAGAACUGUAAACAAACAUGUAUUUUGUACUUUACGUAACACAGUUUUUAUUUAUAAAUCAGAACUUGUACUUAAAAAACUGUAAUAGAAGUUGAAGACAAAUAUCAAGGUGUGUAUAAUCUACGUAAACAAACUUACAUAAGGCAGGAGCAUUACAGCUUAGUCAAUAUAAGUAAGCAUACACAGAUUUACUCUCGAGUCUGAACGCGAAUUGUUUCAGCAAUACUUCUCCGAUCAACGAUUGAGGACGAUUUUCUUCCAAGUCUCCCUGUCACAUUAACUAAGAUCAUAUUGCUGUUGGUCAUUCUGCAAAAUCCAUCAACAUGGUUUGGGUAUUAGAUGAACGAAACUUGGCUCUGUGCGCUAUCGUCACAGCUGGGAUGCAGUUUUCGUUCUUCCUUGUGGCGUGCUCAUGCAAGUUCGAUAAGGUCACAGACUUUGCGGGAGGAACCAACUUUGUGGUGCUAGCCCUGUUGACCUUUCUCAUGGCUCAGACAUGGGCUGCAAGACAGAUCAUGGUGACCACUUGUAUAAUCGUGUGGGGAGUGCGGCUCUCUGGCUACCUGCUCUACAGGAUUAUCAAGAUUGGGGAGGACAAGAGAUUUGACGACAAACGGGAUAGCUGUCUGGCAUUUGCUGGCUUUUGGACCUUUCAGGCCUUCUGGGUUUUCACAGUCAGUCUACCAGUGAUAAUUGUCAAUGCGGGAAUUAAUGCCGAGGUUCGCGACUAUUGGACGGCACAGGACAUAGUGGGACUGGUUCUGUUUAUCCUUGGACUUCUGUGUGAGGCCAUAUCUGACCAGUCCAAGUUCAUGUUUAGGAACGACCCUGCAAACAAAGGGAAAUGGUGUGACACAGGUCUAUGGAAGGUGUCCAGGCACCCAAACUACUUCGGCGAGAUCCUCCUGUGGGCCGGUAUCUUCAUCAUCAGCACCAGUGUUCUUUCGUACGGCGAGUGGGCCGUGGUACUCUCCCCUAUCUUCAUAUCCGCCAUUCUACUCUUCCUCAGCGGUAUACCUCUACUGGAAAAGAAAGCCGAUGAGCGAUUCCGAAAGAACGAGCAGUAUAGAGAGUACAAGGCCCGCACCAGCGUGCUGAUACCCCUACCUCCACCUUGUUAUGGGUGCCUGCCCCGGGCCCUCAAGUGUUUGUUCUGUUGUGAGUUUCCACUUUAUGACCACUUGAAUGAGGAAACCGAGAAAAUCACGGUCACUAAAGACCUGGUUGCUAAAACCGAGGCUGAAACUGUAUGAAAUGUUCACUUGAAAUGCAUGGUUUGCAUGUUUCUGGAUAAGGAAAUGUCUUCUACCAGUUAUUGUUAUGUCUAUUGGUAUGAUAUUCUUAAUUACGGUAUAAACAACAAACUACAAAUAAGUAACACACUGAGACAAGCUUAAGACGUUUUCUUGUCUUUUGUAUAUCAGUGUAGCUGUCGCCUGUGCGUGGCUAUGUUGAGUAUCAUUCAUGCAAUAUGGGUCUUUUAGUCUGGACAAGACUGUGAUGAACGAGAAAUACGUUAACAUGUGUUGUUUUAAAUAUAGAAAUGGCUAGAGUUGAAGAAUUACAUCAAUCCUGUGUUAACAUAGGCUAGGCAAAACAACUUAAAUGGCAUGUUGAUGGCGGUCUGCUGUUUUCACGUGUUACUUGAUAAAAUAAUUGUAUUUCUGUUCUGAUAAAUCUCACGACAUGUGACACUUUAUCGCUUCGAAUGUCUGCUUAUUGAUCAAAUGAGUGAAAUUUUGUUAAUAUUUGUGAUAUUCUUAAAGCGGGUAUAUACGAUUUUUUAUAUGUGUUUAAUUAUAAUAUAUUGAUGAAAUAUGGUACAAUAACAUAAAAUGGGAAAGAAAAAUUAUACAUUAAAGCCGAAUUUCAUAAAAUGCAGCAAAGACAAAUUAGCGCCCCGAGCCGAUUGUGACGUACAUAUUUUCCUACAAUAACCGAAGCAUUCGUCUUUGUAUAAGGAUCGGAGUUAGUGUUCGUGUGUCGUAUGAAUAGAUAUCGUUGCGGGAAUUCAAAUAAACCGUUAAAUUAAGAUUAGAUUCACAUCGUACAUGUAUGGUAUACAUGCUUGCGAAUUCGGCUGUACAGCCGUUUUCAAUUUCAGAAUUAAAUAUCUGGCUUAUUUCGCAUUUUUCGACACAUGUUCUUCUUAAAUUUUAUUUUAAUUUAUAUUGAAAUAUAUAUAUAAUAAUUUUUUACACAUUUUAUAUAAAUUCAUUAAUAUUAGACAAAAUCGUAUAUACCCGCUUUAACUACAUGUAUGUCAUGUGUGUAAAGUUCAAUAUACAUGGAUUCCAUGUUGACGUCAACAGUCUGUCUCAUUUGCAUUGUGUGCUUUGCACUGUAAACCGCUGAAUUAGAUUAUGUGCGGGUUGUCAUAUUUUGUGUUAUUGUCUAGUUUUCUACCCCUUUUUAAAAAAAGUCAUAAUAAAUAGCAUAUAUAUGGUUGGUAAUUUUGAUAUCAUAUAAAUAGCAGACUCUGAUAUCUGCUCGAACUUUUGUGUUCUCACUUGCCUUAAUAGUUGAAUUGGUGCCUAUGUGAUCAUUUAAUGUUUAUUGAUUCACGUUUGAACGUAUAUUUUAAGUGCUACAUGCGUGCCAUACUGUAGCUAUUUAACGGACCAUGACGAUACAAGUACGUGUUUUUGUCCUCUACCGAUUUCACUGGAGGGGACUUAUGGUUUGCGCUCUGUGUGUCUGUCUGUGAGUCAGUCUGUGAGUCUGUCUGUCACACUUUUCUGGAUCCUGCGAUAACUUUAAAAGUUCUUAAUAUUUUUUCAUGAAACUUGCAACAUGGAUAGAUUGCGAUGUGAACAUUAUGCACGUCAUUUCAUUUUGUUCCUACGUCAAAAAUUGUGGUUGCUAUGGAGACCCAAAAAAAAAUCUGAAAAUGGUGCAAUUUCUGACAAUGGUGGAGCCGGUAGGGGACCAUAUUGCUUGACAAUAGCCUUGUUAUUACAUACCAAUUCACUUGCGGCAAUUAAAUGUUAGCCAAUAAAGAUUAUCAAUCAAAAAAUUGAUUUGAAUGGAAGCAUAUUCAGUUUUAAGUUGUAGUCCAUUAUGUGUAUAAAGAAAGUAUACUUAUUUGUAUUUAAAUGUAAGCAAUUCAUUUUAAAUUUACAUUUUUAUGUCCCCCACUAUAGUAGUGGGGGACAUAUUGUUUUUGCCCUGUCUGUUGGUCUGUCUGUUGGUCUGUUGGUCUGUUUGCGCCAACUUUAACAUUUUGCAAUAACUUUUGCUAUAUUGAAGAUAGCAACUUCAUAUUUGGCAUGCUUGUGUAUCUCAUGAAGCUGCACAUUUUGAGUGGUGAAAGGUCAAGGUCAAGGUCAUCCUUCAAGGUCAGAGGUCAAAUAUAUGUGGCCAAAAUCGCUCAUUUUAUGAAUACUUUUGCAAUAUUGAAGAUAGCAACUUGAUAUUUGGCAUGCAUGUGUAUCUCAUGGAGCUGCACAUUAUGAGUGGUGAAAGGUCAAGAUCAAGGUCAUCCUUCAAGGUCAGAGGUCAAAUAUAUAUGGCCCAAAUCGCUUAUUUUAUAAAUACUUUUGCAAUAUUGAAGAUAGCAACUUGAUAUUUGGCAUGCAUGUGCAUCUCAUGGAGCUGCACAUUUUGAGUGGUGAAAGGUCAAGGUCAAGGUCAUCCUUCAAGGUCAGAGGUCAAAUAUAUGUGGCCCAAAUCGCUUAUUUUAUUAAUACUUUUGCAAUAUUAAAGAUAGCAACUUGAUAUUUGGCAUGCAUGUGUAUCUCAUGGAGCUGCACAUUUUGAUUGGUGAAAGGUCAAGGUCAUCCUUCACAAGGUCAAGGUCAUCCUACAAGGUCAAACAUCAUAUAGGGGGACAUUGUGUUUCACAAACACAUCUUGUUUAUUAUUUAAAGACUGCUUGCUGAACUGUAAACCAUCAUACUUUUAAACUCGUGAGUAAAUCUGAUUAGGAUGUGGGCAUUGUUCUGAACAAAACAACAAAUUUCUGUUUAAUACAAAACGUGGUCCCAUAUUUAUAUAUUGUUUUCUUUAAGAAAAUUUGUUUUCAAAGUAGCUAGCGCACACUCUUCCGGUGAUAAAACAUUGCAUGGUUCUUAGAUUUACUAUUAUUCGUACUCUUUUUUGUACUACCUCUUCUGUUAUAUAUACAUAACUAUUGAACGACUUGUAUAAAUAAAACGUUUCUAAAUAUA